AUGGCGCAACGGAAGUCGAACUCCCACAAAGUGGAGGAACAGGCUCAACCGGACGAUGACCUGAACAUUGACAACCCUCAGCUCCUGACUUCUGAGAUGGCAAAGGCAUUCCAGGAACUUGCACAGGCGGAGACCACGGCUUCAGCUCUCGAGACCAAGCUCGACGGCAUCCACAAACAUCUCGAUCAACUCCUGGCCAGCUUUGAGGAGCUUCCUCAGUCCAACCCGCAGAAACCCUCCUCAAGCCCCUCCAACUCGAAGUAA